GUGUGCAUGGUGGGAUUAAUGAUUAAACUGGGUCCUGGGAGAAGUGAGAAAAGCAGAGAUGGUUGCAGUUUGGAGCCUUUCCUGCAGCCUUGCCACUCUAAGCUACAUGUCACUUCACAUUCCUGCUGCACCCUGAUAGUCACAGGCAGCACCGUUCCUAGGUUACUGCAAUGGCGUUAAGUGUUAAGUAACUUUUGUUAGUGCAAAGGGAGGGGCAGCAUUUUGGCUCUGGUGUAGGAACUCUGAGCACUUGGUUUCUCAUUCAACCCAAUUCAAAGCCCUUUCAAUGAAACAUGGCUAUCAAGUCACAUCCCAGCUUGUCCUAUACACAGAUAGCGCUUCUCCUCUUCUGCUGCUCUGCAAAGGCUUUUUCAGAAGCCCUAUCAUUCCAGCCAGGAAUUUCCUACCAGUACCACUACAUGCUUGAUUUAAAGGUAAAACAUAUCUCCCAGCCAUCUAUGCCAGAAACAAACCUGAAGAUUGAUGCCAAUGUUCAGACUUACCUUCUAUGGAGAAAUAAAAGUCAGCUAGAAGAGCAGCUGGUGCAUGUACAGAUAAAAGAUUCUACAGUUCACAGAAAUAACAAUAGUAAUUCUGUUAUCAAACAUGUGAUAGACACUGGCAAUUUGGGCCGCCCUGUCCUUUUCCAUUGGAUAUCUGGCAAGAUUGUAGGUUUGUAUGGAACUAAAGAAGACAAGUCUCGAAUUCUGGACUUGAAAAGAGGACUUGUCAGCCUUUUUCAGUUUCAGACUUUUUCUGGAAUUCAAACAGAGGAAGAUGUCUCAGGGACAUGUUCAGUCACUUACCAGAUAUCUGACGGCUCCAUCAAAAAGACAAAAGAUCUGAGCAGCUGUACAGCAUUACCCUUUGGCUAUCAAGCUGAUAACACUGUUUUUGGAGUUUCUUUAAAUUCCACCAGCAAAAGUGAGUUGUCACAUGUUGGAGGUACAAUCCAGACGGCAGCUUCAGAAGAAAGUCAUAUAGUCUAUCUGCGUGCAACAUCUUUACUUGGUUCUGAGGUUGCUUCAAGGCAAUACUUGGAACUAAAGUCUUCCAUUCCCGGACCUGCUGAGAUCCCUGAGGACAGUGUUCAAAACAUACUAAAAUUACUGCCUGAAAAAUAUCAGAAAAUAGAAAUUGCUAGCCAUCCUCAGAGACGAAAUGAAGGAAGCCAUUUGCUUAAAAACUAUUUAAAAACCUCUCCAAAAAAGCUGACUAAACUGACCAUUUCUAAAGUAUCAACAACCAGACAAUUUAAUGCUAUGGUGAAGAUGCUCCGUCAUGCAAAAAAAAGGGAUAUUCUCCAGCUCUUACAAAAGGCUGCUGGUGAAUUGGUCCCUUUUUACAUUGAUGCUGCUGUGGGAGCCCAAUCAUCCGCUUCUUUAGCAGCCCUCUCCGAGUUCUUGGAUUUCAGUAAAAAGAAGCAGGUCAGCUUGCAUGAAAAAUUUCUUUAUUCAGCAGCACUUGCACCUCAUCCAACAAAGGAAAUGCUCAACCUUGUUUUAGAGAAACUGAAGGGUAAAGUUUCAGACCCAGUUAUUAUGGAAACUGGAAUUGUUGUAAUUGGAGCUAUCGUUGGCAAGAUGUGCAAGAUGAAGCUUUGUGAAAUAAAGGAUGUUGAUAUUGCAAAAGCCACACUCGUAGAAGGUUUGCAUGAGGCAGAGGAAGAAUCUGAGAUAAAAAUUUAUCUUCUUGCUUUGAAAAAUGCCCAGCUUCCAGAAACCAUACCCCUUUUACUUCAGUAUGCCGAAGAAAAUGGCGGAGCUGUGUCCAGGAAAGCAUUAGCUGCUUUACAAAGCUUUCCAACUGAAAUGAUAUCUACAAAGGAGGUGAAGAGCACUUUAAGAAAGAUUUUUCAUCAAACAUACCAAGAGUAUGAUAAGGCAAGUCGGCUGAUUGCAGCAGAGAUAUUGUUGGUAACAGAACAUUCACAGAUGGACCUCAUCAAUAUAAUACUGGGCCUAGAAGACAUUAAUACUGAGGCUUCAAAGCUACUGCUUUCCAAAAUACAGAGAGGGCAACAAAUAAAAAAUCGGUUACGCAAAACAGAGAAGACACUUUUAACAAACAAACAUCUGUACAAUUACAGCAAAUUAUCACAGUCAGGGAGAUCCACAUUUUUUUCUGGACCGUUAACAGCUACAAAAGAUGUGUCAUCCACCUAUGGACUAGAUCUUUUGUUCACUGAAUCUGGGUUACUGAAGCAGAGCAUUUCAGAUAUUACAUUAUUUGGCCACAACAAUCAUCUCAAGGCAAUGCAGGUUUCUAUUGAAGCUGAAGGCCUGGAGUCUCUGUUUGGGGAUGGAACCGAUGAUGAUGAUGAUGAACACAAGGAUGCAACAGUUGGGAUGUCAGCUAUGUUGUUUGAUGUGCAGCUACGACCAGUAGUAUUUUUCCAAGGUUAUAUGGAUUUGGUGUCAAAAGUAUUUUCAAGCAGUGGAGAUCCAAUAAGUGUGGUGAAAGGAGAUGUUUUGCUUAUUGACUAUCUCCAGAGGCUGCCAAUGCAGUCUGGGCUGCAGGCCAUUGUUGAAUAUCAGGGUGGGCUUGGCUUAGAGGUCUCAGCAAACAUUGAUGUCAGCAUCUGGGAACAAGAAUCCAAAACAAACAUCAACACAAAGGCAUCUCUUGUCUUUGAAUUUACAACAGAAGUGGAUACCUCUUUUUUCCAAACUGAUAUCAAGGCUCAGGUUGAUGCAGAGACUGCAGUAGACUUUGACUCCAUUAUGAAAUUUUCAUCUUUUCCAAUGCUUAUGUGCCUUGAGCUGCGCCAGAACAACAUGCCUUACAGAGAGACCUACAUCUUGUCAGAAUCGCUUCCAGAGAAGAACAUCACAUACACGAAACGAAAAGGACGGAAGGCAACACUCUGGGGGAGAGAUUUUCCUUUUCACAGUUCCAACUCAGAAAUGUGUAGGAGCUUACUGACUGCAGAUGAAUAGCCCCAUUAUCAAAUUCCCUGGCAGAAGGGUCACCAAGUUAUCUGCCCUUAUUGUAACUUUUGAACAGCCUAUGGGUUACAACAGAGAUGAACAUUGCACAUUCCUGCAUAUUGAAUUGGUCAUUCAAAAAAGGUUCCCCCUAUGGAGAACAGCAAUAAAACAGAUCCUUCUAUAAUA